CCGUUCGUCUGCCUUUGGUCGCUCCUGAUCAGCGUUGCCGGUGGAGAUAAUCGGUUUCCUGUCCAGCUCCACGCCGAAGCUCCCGUGGUCGCCCAUGAACGGCACCAUGGCCGCGUCCUCACACCGGAUAACACUUGGGCCACUGGUUGCUGCUAUCGAUCAGGGCACGAGCUCUACUCGGUUUUUGGUGUUUAAUUCCAAAACAGCAGAGCUGCUCAGCCAUCAUCAGGUGGAAAUCAAACAGAGCUUCCCUAAAGAAGGAUGGGUUGAAGAGGAUCCAAAAGAAAUUCUGCAGUCGGUGUACGAGUGCAUGGAGCGGACGUGUGAAAAACUCACACAGCUCAACAUAGACAUCUCAAACAUUAAAGCAAUUGGAGUGACCAACCAAAGGGAGACCACACUUGUUUGGGACAAAGAAACAGGAGAGCCCCUCUACAAUGCAAUCGUGUGGCUGGACCUGCGCACUCAGUCAACGGUUGAGCGUCUUAUUAAUAAAACUCCAGGAAGGAAUAAGAACCAUCUGAAACAUAAGACAGGGCUCCCAAUCAGCACUUACUUCAGCGCGGUGAAACUCCGCUGGUUGAUGGACAAUGUGGACGAGGUCCACGAAGCUGUCGUGUCUCACCGGGCCAUGUUUGGGACUGUGGACUCCUGGCUCAUCUGGUGUUUGACAGGGGGAAAGUCAGGUGGGGUCCAUUGCACAGAUGUGACCAAUGCCAGCAGAACCAUGCUGUUUAACAUUCACACCAUGGACUGGGACCCAGAACUUUGCAAAUAUUUUGGCAUUCCCAUGGAGAUCUUGCCCAGAGUGAGGAGUUCAUCAGAAAUAUAUGGUCUCAUGAAAAUAUGUUCUAGCCGGAAAUCCGGGGCUCUAUCAGGAAUUCCCAUCUCAGGUUGCCUUGGAGAUCAAUCAGCAGCUCUAGUUGGACAGAUGUGUUUUCAGGACGGGCAGGCUAAGAACACUUAUGGGACGGGCUGCUUUCUCCUGAGGAACACUGGAGCCAAGCCUGUAAUGUCUGAUCACGGUCUGCUGACCACCGUUGCCUACAAACUUGGUCGGGACAAACCUGCCUGUUAUGCACUGGAGGGCUCUGUGGCCAUUGCUGGAGCUGUGGUUCGCUGGCUGCAGGACAAUCUUGGGAUCAUCGGGUCAUCAGAAGAGCUAGAGAAGUUGGCUGCAUCAGUCGGAACCUCCUACGGUUGUUAUUUUGUUCCUGCAUUUUCGGGUCUUUACGCGCCCUACUGGGAGCCCAGUGCCAGAGGGAUCAUUUGCGGGUUAACUCAGUUUACAAAUAAGAGUCACCUGGCAUUUGCUGCACUGGAAGCUGUGUGUUUCCAGACACGAGAGAUACUGGAUGCUAUGAACCAGGACAGUGGCAUCCCUCUAACUCAGCUUCAGGUGGACGGAGGAAUGACAUCCAACAGGUUGCUGAUGCAGCUGCAGGCUGAUAUUCUUUGUAUCCCUGUUGUGAAACCAUCCAUGCCUGAGACCACAGCUCUUGGUGCAGCGAUGGCGGCGGGUGCAGCAGAGGGGGUGAGCGUGUGGAGCCUGAACCCCGAGGACCUGAGUGAAGUCACGUCAGAGAAGUUUGAGCCUCAGAUCAACCCCGAAGAGAGCGAGUUUCGCUACGCGCGGUGGAAGAAGGCGGUUGAGAAAUCGAUGAACUGGGAGACCACGCAGCCUGUAAUUAAUGGAAACGGUGAAACCAGUAUCUUCAGCAGUGUCCCUCUGGGCUUUUACAUCAUGGGCAGCAUGUUGAUGUUAAUCGGUGCGAAAUAUAUAACCGGUCAAAACUAGUCCCGGACUCCUGGAGGUUGUAAAGUAACGAGGAAAGUGGGAACAAAUGCUGGACCACCGCUGGAACUCUCAUUGCACUCGAACCGGAAACCAUUCCAGAAGAAUGAAGAACAGGAAUGAGAACAGGAUGAACUAACAGGACUAGCUUCGCUUUGUAUCCUAACUUUAUUUGUCUGUGACAUAAAAAUAACAAACAAAAACACACUGGCAUGCCAGAAGCGAGUUUAAGCCACACAUGCAGUGUUUCCUAUUUUUUUUUUUUUUCAUUUUUUAAUGAAAAUUAAUUUUGAGCUUAUUUAUGUAGAAACAAAUGUGUGUUCAGAUGUUGUUGAAGCAUACGGUGUAAUUUACAUCUCUUGUCACAUCACUGAUGUUUUGCUGUUAAAGACCCUAUUUGAGCCACAAAAACUUCUCAUAGAGCACUUUAUACUUUUUUUUUUUUUUUUUUUCUCUGUGUCACUGUUUGCUAACAAAACUAAAACUGUACAUAUUUAAAUUCCUGGGACUAUGUCACUAAAACAGUCUGUUCUGAUAUGAAAACAAGGGAAGGAACUCAUUUGAUAAAACUGGCUUCUUGUAGUAAAAGUAAAGCUCUGUGUACUUGUAUUUUUAUAUUUAAAAACAAAAAGUAUUGUGCGUUUUACAAACAUGAAAAAAGGGCAAUUAUCACGAGAUUCUUUCAUUAACUAUGCACAAAAAAAAACAGAUUUUAAGCCUGUCUUGAUGUAAAUUCAAAAUGUAUGGGUUAAAUGUUUUCAUUAUGUAGUAAAAGUAUAUAUUGAUCAGAUCCUGUUAUAUUGUUCCUGCACCUUUGCAAGCGAAUAAGAUCCAAGCAUUCUUCAUACAGCAGUAAAAUUAUUUACAAAAAAGCAGAUCAGUUGCACUUAAAUUAAAAAGAGCUUCAUGAAAUUUUAAGAACUUAGGCUGGAAAUGUUUAACUUGAAGUUGAAGGUACACAAAUGUCAGUAUUAUACUACUGCCAGUGAUGCAUCGUGUUUGUCUUCUGUGUGGCUCCAAAACAAAAAUUUGUUCUGUUUGGAUUUCAGUGAGGCGUGAAGUCGGAACAUGGUUUGCUGAUGAAAUGAUUUUGCAUUUGUUUUGUAAAGUCAUGCAAUUAUUUAUUAAAGUCCUCUACAGCAGUGAAA